UGAUACCUAAUACUAGUUAUACUAUUGGAGUGAGAGCAUAUACUAGUAUUGGACCAGGAGAAUGGACUGAAAGGGACUUCACUACUCAUAAUGACCAUGAGCCUAUGCUGUAUUCAACUAUACUGUAUUCAACUUCAAUAUCUUCAGAAAUGCAUACAAGUCCAAGCCCAUCGUACACAACUCCGUUUGCUUUUGGUUUAUAUGGUGUCUUGUUAUUGCUUGUUGUAUCACUCAUCCUUAAUAUUAUUCUGAUAAUAACUCUGUGCUGUAAGAAAUGUUCUGUCAAGAGAAAGGAUUCAACUCCUCGCUCAAGUCCACCUGCUCCUAACCCUGAUACAGACGACUAUAUUCCGAUGGGCUCAAACUCAGUGUGCUUUGAAUUACGGUCAAAUGAACCAAUUUAUAACGUUAUUGAUCACAGAACUAUUGAACCAAUUUAUAACCUCCCCUCAAAUAAUGAUAAACCACUUGACAGUCACCUGACAACCGAUACAGAAUAUCAUCUUGUAACAGAAGAGAAGUCAACCACGAUGACCUCUGAGGGACAUCCUGAUCCAGUUUUACCUGUGAGGCCACGUGAGAGUCAAUUAUAUGUCAAAAUGAACACACAAGAAAAAGGAGAUCCUUCCACUGAUGAUGCAUCACAUUUUUACCACUAAUGGUGUAAUAAUCAUAAAUAACAAUAAGUGUACAAUAUUAAUAGGAAUACAAAGCCCAUUAUUGUAUAUUUUGCGUGUAUUAUUACUGACGAGAUUGAAUUGAGAA